CCUAAUACAAUUACUACCCUCUCAAUGGGUUAUGAUUUUAAUCAAGUAAUUCUACCCGGCACAUUUCCAAAUAGUCUCAAAACACUCACAUUCGGUGAUGAAUUUGACCAAAAAGUUCCACAGGGGACAUUACCAAAUAGUCUCACAACACUCAAAUUCGGUUAUGGUUUUGACCAAGAAAUUCUACCCGGCUCAUUACCAAACAGUCUCACAACACUCACAUUCGGCCAUCGUUUUAAUCAAGAGAUUCUACCCGGCACAUUACCAAAAAGUCUCACAACACUCACACUCGGUUAUUAUUUUAACCAAGUAGUUCUACCCAGCACAAUACCAAAUAGUCUCAAAACACUCACAUUCAGUCAUGCUUUUAACCAGAAAGUUUCACCCGGCUCAUUACCAAAUAGUCUCACAACACUCACUUUCGGUCAUAAUUUUGACCAAGAAGUUUCACCUGGCUCAUUACCAAAUAAUCUUACAACACUCACAUUCGGUGGUGGUUUUAACCAAGUAGUUCUACCUAGCACAUUACCAAACAGUCUCAAAACACUCAUAUUCGGUCGUAGUUUUAACCAAGUAAUUCUACCCGACACAUUACCAAAUAGUCUCAAAACACUCACAUUCGGUUUUGGUUUUGACCAAGUAAUUAAACCCAGCACAUUACCGAAUAGUCUCACAACACUCACAUUCGGUUUUGGUUUUAACCAAGUUAUCAAACCCAGCUCGUUACCAAAUAGUCUCAAAACACUCACAUUUGGUGAUGGUUUUUACCAAGUAGUUCCACCUGGCACAUUACCAGAUAGUCUCACAACACUCACAUUCGGUGAUGGUUUUAACCGAGUAGUUUCACCCGGCACAUUGCCAAAUAGUCUUAAAACACUCACAUUCGGUGAUUAUUUUAACCAAGUAGUUCUACCCGACACAUUACCAAAUAGUCUUAAAACACUCACAUUUGGUAAUGAUUUUAACCAAAUAGUUCUACCCGGCACAUUACCAAAUAGUCUUACAACACUCAAAUUCGGUGGUUGUUUUGACCAAGUAGUUCCACCUGGGACAUUUCCAAAUAGUCUAACAACACUCACAUUCGGG